GGAAUGUAAAUAGGAGUUAAGAGUUUUUAAAUCCUAAAUAGGACUAAUUUUGAGCGGAUGGACAAAAUUAACCUCGUCGCGGGCAAUCGAUUGCUGCUGCGUUGAAACAUACGCAAAUAAUCCUUCCUCUGGCUUUGGAUUUGCUGUUACGCCAUGAGCAUUUGAUGACCACACUUAUACACAGAGUAAUCCUUCUCAUCGGUCGGAGGUCCCGAUGCGUUCAUUGCCGCAAGUUAUCGCCGACUCGCCGGAAUGGUCGCCUGCGCAAGCCAUUUAGCCGUCGACUAAUCUUCUUCAUCGUUUCCUUUUCUUUCUUCAUGUUAUUCCAGAUUUUUAAUCGAUUUACUGGAUUACUCGUGGAAGGAUAUACUCGUGGAAGAAAGUUUAAAAGAAUCAUGAUUGACCAAGGGUCCGCUGUUAAUAUCUUGACAGUUAGGGCUAUAAAAGAUCUUGGAAUAUUAAUGGAUGAACUCUCUGAAAGCUGUUUAAUGAUUCAAGGUUUCAAUCAAGGGGGCAAAGGGCGAUAGGGAUGAUAAGGUUUGACCUAGUCAUCAGUGAAUUGAAAGCAAGUACUCCAUGUCAUGUUAUUCAUGCCAAAGCCUCAUACAAUCUUCUGUUAGGAUGCCCAUGGAUUCAUGAAAACGGCGUAAUACCUUCGACAUGCCACCGAUGUUUUAUGUAUGAGGAAAAUGGCGUUGUAAAGAAGGUACUCGCUGAUGAGGCCCCAUUCACACAAGCUGAGUCCUACUUUGGUGAUGCAAGUUUUACUCAAAGGUCAAAUUGUUUAAAGAUAAUGAUGCUAAAGGAAAUGAUGUUUAUCGACCUUUGACUUGUUGAAGGUGUGGAGGGGCUCACAUUCCCUCUUGCACAAAUUGAGAUAUCGAAACCUCCUCAAAAGGCCUCUAAAGAGGAAGCUGAAAAGAAAUGUGGUGCUAAGCUCCCUAACACACGUACGAAAAAGGGAUUUAACCUGAACGCGUACAAGCUCCUUGCCAAAGCCGAGUAUAAUCAUAACGAACAAAAGUUAGGGAAUCUUAUUCUAGAAGCUGGUGGAGACGAGACACCGAAGCAAAUCAAUUUACGAUGGCACAUUGGAUUGAGUUAUGUUAAACCUAAACCUAUAAAGAUCUUCAUAAAUAGAGCCACAAUAUAUCAUAUUAGUGCCGAUGAAGAAGAUGAAGUGACUUCUGAACUAAAGUUCUCUAUCUUUGAUCGAAUUAAGGGGGGAAGAUCAAGGCCCGCCAUCUUUGAUAGAUUGGGUCCAAAACCAAAGAAAGUUAUGAAGAAGACUUUACAAGGACGGUUUGGAACAAGUCCGAUGAUGAUGAAGCACACUGAAGAUCCAUGCAUGAGACAAAACUUUGAAAGGAAGUCCAUUCAUGAAAGAUUUGGAUUGAAACAUGGAAGAAAUAAAUCGACCAAAG